AUGCCAGCUGCUGUUGCCAUUAUUGGCCCCCCACCAGUAACGGUUUUCCCUGACCCGGCGCCGCACAACGUCUCAAACAAAAUCCUGGCCAUCGAAAUCUUCUUGACCCUCCUCCCGCUUAUCCUGCUCAUCCUCGGCUUCUCCAUCUGCUGGUACAAAGAAUACCAUCCGUGCUUCGGCGUCGGGGAUGCGAUACGGGAUAGAUGGAAUCGAAGGCGCGAGAGGCGCGCCGAGGCUGAACGCCGCGCUGCUGUUGAGCGGGAGAACGGGGUCUUUGAGCUCCAUCGCGUGACUCCUGCAUCUGCGCCUGCGCCUGCCCUUGUCACUGUUCAGCCUCGUACUGAGCCCCAGCGUCUUCUUCGCGAGGAUCGCACUAGCACCUCCUUCUCCCAGCAGUCCCGAUACUACAUGCCCUACACCUCUAACUUCAACGAGCACUUUGAAGAGCAGAUUGAGCGGAUCGCGGAGCGUCGGCGUUUCCGCGAGCUUAUGCGUAAGCGUGAUCUCGAAAUGGGAUUUGGAGUUGAACUGGAGCAUGCGCGUGAGACUCAGAACCACAGUGCCAGCGCCGGUGGCCGCGAACAACCCCCUUGCUAUGAUUCUCUCCCCUUUUACUCCUCCCAGGCUUAG